AUCAAAGUCAGCAUUCAACAGUGAUCUGUCAAAUAAAAACAAAAUUAAAAACACGCUAUUUAGGAGCGUCUACCAAAUUGUUUCAAUAAAAAAUUUAAAGUGUUAUAAAACUUAUAUAACCGCGAGCCUUAUUGUUGACAUGUCCAAAAGCACCAAACUUCUUUAUGUGAAAGGGAUGAAUCUCUCGGAGUCUGAAAGCGAUGAUGAUCAAUGGGACGACAAGAAAUUAAAUGAUGCGUACGACAAAGCCGUAAGGAUUGCUAACGUUGAGGUAGCGAAGCGCGUGGCUAUGUCUACAAACACUCAAGGUUUAAAUAGUGACCUAGAAUUUUUCCCAAAAAAAGAGAAGUUAGCAACUAAAUCAAGCAAGAAGAAAUCUGUCAGCCCGUUUGUCAAUACAAAUGGGAUUGGCGAUGAUAGAUCAAAAGAAACUGGUUGGAAACCCAGUAUGCCAUGCCGAUUGGUGUAUGCUGAUGAUGGCUUGGAGUAUGAAGCUGUUAUAGUUAGAAUUGUUGAUGAUAAUGACUGUGUUGUCAAAUAUUUAGGCUAUGACAAUCAAGAACUGGUUUCAAUAGAUUCUCUAAAGCCGUCUCUGGGCAAGGAAGCUAGAGCACAACAGAUAAGGGAUGCAAGGAGAGAACAGACUGAAGAUAGCUAUGGUAGCCUAUCACCUAAUGUUGAUGGAGUAGAGUGCAGUGACAGGGUGCCUAGCCCUGAUAGCAUAGAAAGGUCAUCUCAGAAAAAGAAAAAACCAUCUAAAAAGAAAAAGAAUCAAGCAAGAAGUAUCAAUAUCAAUGGGUUUGAGCUACCAGAGAUGCCACCCAUACCUAAUUUGUCUAUGUUGAGAAAUCAACUAGGCUCAAUGGAGAUGCCGAUGCCGCCGCCGCCAAUGGCUUUCUCCAUGGACCGUUCAGACACUGAGGAGCAAGCCAUAUCCUCGAUGCUGCUCAGCUGGUACAUGAGUGGCUACUACACAGGGUUAUAUCAAGGACUAAAAAGGGCAAAAGAUGGGCGAAGUAACUAGUUAAUCGAAAUUGUGUGUUUCAUAAAAGAAAGGAAUGUUAUAUUAGAUAAAA